AUGGAAGACGCCGAACAUAUUAGCGUACUUAUGGAAGGCAGUGAAAUACCACCGGCGGCGACCAUUGGUGAGGCUGACAAGCCUAGCAACGACACAGCAACUGGAAUUGGAUCGACAUUCACAGCUGGUAAUGCACCGUAUUGUCACGCAUCAACGCCCACUACUCACCCUUCGACAUUUACAGUACCGGGCGUGAACAACGCAUCCAUGAUAACAUCAGUUCAUGGAACUCAACCGCACUACAUGGUAUAUAGCACCAGUGCACCGCUAUUUCAAACCGCGGCAGUCAAUGCAUUUACAAGCACGUGUGUGCCCGGCAUUGCUAAUGGUGCCAUACCUAACCUCACUUCGGCUGUCAUGCCUUGUAGCGCGCUAACCUAUCCAACGUUCGGCAAUACAUUUCGGCCAUUUUGUUCACAGACGAAUAUGCAUAGCCGCGUGGCACCACCACCGAAUACUUCUGUUUUCAUGCAGCCGAACAUUAUGCCAUCGUGUAACCAAACGCGCGACCCCUCUUAUAAUGUUUUCAGCCAAUAUAGCACAUCCGACGUCAAUUUAACACCAACGCAGAUUUCCAGCAGGCAAGUGAUAACCAAGGAUUUACCGACCUUUUCCGGCAGGCCUGAGGACUGGCCCCUAUUCAUCACGAAUUACGAGCAGUCUACCGAGCGAUGUGGCUUCACCGAUCAAGAAAACCUGAUCAGACUACAAAAGUGUUUAAAGGGACCAGCUCUCGAAGCGGUGCGUGGUAGGUUAAUGAUGCCAGCAACAGUAGGUCUGGCAAUCAACACAUUGAGAAUGCUUUAUGGUAGGCCUGACAUUAUUCAUCAAACAAUGCAGAUGAAAUUGAGACAAGAGCCAGCAGUUAGGGCCGAUAAAUUGGAAACGCUCAUAGCAUUUUCACUUGCAGUGCAAAACUAUCGCGCUACGAUCCAGGCGGUAGGCCUGGCCGAUUAUUUAAACGAUCCUGUGUUGCUUAAUGACUUGAUAGCCAAAUUGAAAAGCGAUCUAAGGCUCAAUUGGGGCGGCUAUCGUAUGUCGCUCGGUCGCGUCGACAUUGCGGUGUUUGACGAUUGGCUUUUCGGACUUGCUACAUGCGCGAGUCAAGUAACAAGAUGUGAGCCACCCACAACCACAGCUGCCUUUGAAAAUAUUGAAGUAAAGAAAGGCCGCAAUUCCCACAAGGCGAGAAUUUUAGUUCAUGAAGUUAUCGGAAAAAAUGUAGAGGUAAACGCGAAGGUGACUAUAUGCCCAAAGUGUGGCGCCAACCAUAAGCUGUCAGACUGUGCAGAAUUUACUGCGCUCUCCCGAAGUGAUCGAUGGCUAAUAGGUGUGGGGUUGACGGCUGCCAGAUGGCACACAACGCUCUUCUGCAUACGCCUGUUCCCGUUAAGAGCAACGUCGGUCAUGAGCAAACGGCGCUAUACCACGAACGAUUCAGGCUCACCAAAGGAGAAGCAGAACUCGCUAUUCAGGUACGUCGCCGUUACUGUUCGUAGCGCAUCCAAAUCUGUUGACACCUAUGCACUCAUCGACGAAGGCGCGUCUUGUACUUUAAUUGAGAAUGAGCUUGCAGAUUACCUUGAAUUGGACGGGCCGUCCGAGGCGUUGUGUCUGCGAUGGACUAACGAAAUUACUCAAAGCGAAAAUAACUCCAAGUUUGUAAGUUUUGAGAUCGCAUCGACACAGUUGGGCUCUCCAAACUACGUGUUAAGAGGUGUACGCACUAUUGCUCAUUUAGGCCUGCCUGUUCAAACAUUGGACCGCGAUACCAUGGAGAAGCAUGCCCAUCUCAGAGGUCUACCUAUACUACCAUAUAACGGUGCUAGGGCUCGGAUUCUUAUUGGAGUCGACAACGCGAAAGUCUGUGUGCCAAUUGAAGUUAAGGAGAGUAGCACCUCCAACCUGAUUGCCGCUAGAUGCCGGCUGGGAUGGACCGUUUAUGGUCGAGACACACCUGAACACGCAGUGAUGCCCCGCGUGCUCCACAUCUGCAGCUGUGAUCCUACGGGCAGGGACCGAAUGGACGAACAGAUGAAGGCUUAUUUUGCUAUCGACGCUAUCGGUGGCUAUGCGCCAGCUAAACCGCUUCGGUCAAAGGAUGAUGAACGUGCUUUACAACUGAUGGAAAAAUUCACCAAGUUUCUGCCGACAGAGAAGAGGUGGGAAACAAGAUUGCUAUGGAAACAAGACGUCGUCGAUUUACCCGAUUCACUUCCUAUGGCGCGCCGUCGACUAAUGUGCUUGGAAUCCAAGAUGAAGCGGGAUCCUGAACUCCACCGUUUUAUCGUCGACAACAUUGACGAUUACAAGAAAAAGGGUUACAUACGCAAAUUGGAGUCGCUCGAAACAUCGAUAGGUGGCAGAUCGUGGUACCUUCCCAUAUUCACGGUGCUCAACGUUAACAAAAACAAAACUAGAUUGGUAUGGGACGCUGCAGCCAAAGCUGGAAAUACUGCACUUAACAACAUGCUGUUAAAAGGACCUGAUCAGCUAAACUCGAUGAUGGGUAUUCUUCUUCGCUUCCGCGAAAGGCCCUUUGCAAUAUGCGGAGAUUUACGCGAGAUGUUUCACCAAAUUAAGGUAGCCAAAGAGGACCAAGUGGCGCAGAAGUUUUUAUGGCGCGACGGUGAGUCUAAUCGGCAGCCAGAUGUAUAUGCCAUGUGUGUGUUGACUUUCGGCGCUUCGUGUUCUCCUUCGCUAGCGAACUACGUAAAAAACCAAAAUGCACAACGUUUUUCCGAGAAUUAUCCCGAAGCUGUACAAGCCAUUAUAAAUAACACUUUCGUCGAUGAUUGGCUUCAGAGUGCAGACAAUGAGGAAGAGUUAUCGCGUUUGGCUACUGUUGUUCGCUGGAUCCAUAACGAAGGAGGUUUCGAGAUGCGAAACUGGGUAUCCAAUUCCAAGAAAACUUUGACUGCACUCUCCGCUAACAGGACGCUGCUAUCCAGAUGUUUUGAGGAGCCUGAAGCUACUAUCGAAAAGGUGCUUGGAAUGUGGUGGUUACCAGCGUCGGAUGAGCUUACCUUUGUGGAAAAGUUUCCUAAAGAAGUUUUUGAUGAGCACACAUUUCCAUCGAAGCGACAAGUUUUGCGUACAAUCAUGAAAAUAUUCGAUCCCCUUGGACUGCUCGGGUAUGUCAUCAUACAAGCAAAAAUCAUCCUACAGGACAUCUGGCGUUCAGGUGUUAAUUGGGACGAGCCUAUCAGAGAGGAUGAUCGCAGUAACUGGUGGAACUGGUUGAAAAGAAUUUCUUCGAUAAACAACGUCAAAAUUCCUCGGUGCUACUUACUUUCCAGCUGUAGCCAGAGUAACCAGUUGCACAUUUUCGUGGAUGCAAGUAUCAACGCUUAUGCUGCUGUGGCGUAUUUACGUGCUGAAGUUGGUAACGCGGUGAACUGUUCAUUGCUGGCUUCGAAGACAAGGGUCACACCAUUGAAGCCCAUUUCAAUACCGAGGUUGGAGUUAAUGGCAGCAGUUCUGGGUCUGCGGUUGGCAAUUUUUAUAGGCAAGCAACUUUCUGUUCAGGUGAGCCGUAGAAUUUUUUGGACAGAUUCGAAAAACGUGAUAUGCUGGGUGCGUUCAGAUGCAAGAAAGUUCCACCAAUUUGUUGCGUUACGUGUCGGCGAAAUUCUUGAGGGUUCCAGCGCUAAAGAGUGGAGGUGGUUGCCAUCUUCUGAAAACAUCGCUGAUGAGGGCACAAAAUGGUCCGACGUUCGCAAUUUUGACGACAAUGCACGCUGGUUUCGAGGGCCAAAGUUCUUAGCCCAGCUCGAAUCUAGUUGGCCUGUAGGGGAGCUAGUAGGCACUACAUCAGAGCUGCAUCACAUAAGUACAAGUACACCGCUGUCCCCUACCCUGUCAGUAAUUUCUCCAGACGUACGAAGGUUUAGCACAUGGGAGAGACUGCUUUCCACACAACAAAUUGUUUUGCGUUUCCUGCGCCGGAUCUUGAAGUUUACGCCACGUUCGCUACUAAAACUUUUCGAAUUGCGCGAUAUUGAAGCAGCAGAGCAAAUUCUUAUUGCCGUAAGCCAAGAAAAUGCUUUUAACGAAGAAGUCAAAAGCCUACAACACGGUCAAAAUAUUCAACGGCAGUCUGCUAUAUAUAAAUGGUCGCCGUAUCUGGACGAGGUCGGGAUUCUUCGCGUGAAAGGUCGAAUCGACUUCUUAGAAGGAGUAGCAGUCGAUGUGAAGCGACCUGUAAUACUGCCGAAAAAUCAUACAGUAAGAAAAUUUCACCACCAUCAUAAUGAGAUUAUUGUCAAUGAGAUGCGCCAGCGAUACUGCGUCGGUGCUUUGCGAUCGAUGGUAAAAGAGUGCGCCAAAAGAUGCCAAAUGUGUCGCAAUCGUAAAGCUAAGCCGCAACCAACCUCAAAUGGGAAGUCUACCUGUAGAAUGACUGUCACCAUUUACAAGGCCAUUCACGUUUAA